UCUGCUGCCCUCCCCAGGCUGGACUGCUGUGGGGCGCGGGGCAGGGCUGAUCCUCGCGAGCCUCCUCAUUCCUGUGGGUGCCGUCUGUGCCCCAGCAGGGGCUGAAUUCGGAAGGGGCCAGGCGGGGACCCCGGGAUCCGGCGACUAGAAGAGAGGCGGGAGUAGCGAAGCAGUAACGCGGGAACCCAGCUGGCGGCUGCUAUGCCAAUAAAAUAAGGCUUCUGUUGCCCUGAAAGUGUUUCCGCUCCCCGCCGGGGAAUCCCGGCCUCUAGGCCGCCACUGCUCUUCUGCCCGACGGGGAAUCCCACGAAGCAGAGCCAGCAUGGAAGCGGAACCCACGGAAGCGUCGCCCUCGCAGCCUCCGGCGUCGUUGUCUGAGUCCUGGGAGGCGACGGCGGCGGCGGUGGAAGAGGAGGCGGCAGAGGAGGAGGAGGAGGAGGAGGUGUGCUCCCUGCGCGGCACCUGGAAGAAUGACCUCAACUCCACCAUGGAGAUCAAGAGCGUCAGUAACACGGGGGUGUUCAGCGGCCUCUACAAAACGGCAGUCUCGAGCUCCGGCAAGCCCGUCCCGUCAUCCCCGCUGCAGGGCAUCCAGCACCUGGGGUCUCAACCCACCUUUGGCUUCACCGUCAGCUGGAAAGUCACUGAAUCCACCGCUGUCUUUGUGGGCCAGUGUCUGAUGGACGAGAACGGAAAGGAGCAGCUGAAGACAACCUGGCUGCUGCGUGCGAAGGUGCGAUCCGCAGCAGAGGAUUGGGGGGCGACCCGGGUUGGCCCAAACAUCUUCUACCGCAUAGAGUGAGAGGAUGAAGAGAGCAAGGAUUUGCAGGGGAAAUGAGGGGGUGACCCUUCCUACUUCACCCAUCAGAGCCUCCUCUCCAAUAAAAUGUUUGCCUGAGCA